CGUCGUUCUUCCUCGGUUUUACCACGGUUGAAGCAGUUUACGAUAGGGACUGAUAGCUGUUUGAAAUUAGAAUUUGGAAGUAUAAACGUUUCUCCCGUUGUUCUCCAUUAAACGAAGAUGAUUGACCCUAAAAAGAGAGCGGCGGACCUGGCGUUGGUUGCUACUGCCGUGAAAAGACCCCGAAAUGAGUUAGUAGCGGCGGCUCAGUCUCAGCAACUCGUGGCCACGGGCCCUCCACGAACCUCCAGCCUCCAGGCUCCCAUCAUGCUCAUGUCUGGUCAUGAGGGCGAGGUCUACUGCUGCAAGUUUCAUCCCAAUGGUGCCACACUGGCCUCUUCAGGAUUCGACAGGCUCAUAUUGAUGUGGAAUGUUUAUGGAGAUUGUGAAAACUAUGCCACAUUGAAGGGCCACAGUGGAGCAGUGAUGGAGCUGCACUACAACACAGACGGCAGUCUGCUCUUCUCAGCCAGCACAGACAAGACUGUCGGUGUGUGGGACAGUGAGACAGGGGAGAGGGUCAAGCGUCUGAAGGGCCACACCUCCUUUGUUAACACUUGUUACCCGGCUCGCAGAGGCCCACAGCUCAUCUGCACUGGCAGCGAUGAUGGUACAGUCAAGUUGUGGGACAUUCGUAAGAAGGGCGCAAUCCACACCUUCCAGAACACUUAUCAAGUGUUGGCUGUCACCUUCAAUGACACCAGUGAUCAGAUUCUGUCUGGAGGCAUCGACAACGACAUCAAGGUUUGGGACCUGAGGCAGAACAAGCUGAUCUACAACAUGCACGGCCACGGGGACUCUGUGACCGGACUGGCACUGAGCUCUGAAGGAUCAUAUCUUCUCUCCAACUCCAUGGACAACACAGUGCGUAUUUGGGAUGUUCGACCAUUUGCACCCAAGGAGAGAUGCGUGAAGAUUUUCCAGGGCAACGUGCACAACUUUGAGAAGAACUUACUGAGAUGCUCCUGGUCCACUGAUGGCAGUAAGAUAGCUGCAGGUUCUGCAGAUCGGUUUGUGUAUAUUUGGGACACCACAUCACGCAGGAUCCUGUACAAGCUUCCUGGUCACGCCGGCUCAGUCAAUGAAGUGGCCUUCCACCCAGAGGAGCCCAUUGUGCUUUCUGGCUCCAGUGAUAAACGGCUCUACAUGGGAGAAAUCCAGUAGGGUUCUUCUCUAUGGAAACUUGGAUGUGUGUGUAUGGGCAAGUGUGUGUGUUUGCUGCUUUGUGGAUGUAGAUGGUGGUGAUUGACAACCGUUAGAAAUUGCAGCAUUUUAAUGUUGCUACUGUUUGUCCCAAAACAGCCUCAGGAUGUUUGAGUCUAGUUUAUGAUAGGCCGUCACAACACCUACAGCUUCAUGUUUAUUUUUUAUUCUAAUCUCUUUCUUUUUAAUAAACUUUGAUAUUCCGGAGAACACUUGGAA